AUGCCAAAAGCACGUCCCGAUGUCGCUCGCCGCGUUCAGCGCGCACGCCGACGUGAUCCGCUACGCCGGCCGGAGCAUGUGGACGUACCUGUGCCUAGUGCUGAAGAAGUAGUGCCAGUUCUAACGAAGCUUGGUAUGGACGCAUCAGCGCCUGCGAUUGAGACGGGCGACAAGGUAUGGGCAUUGGCGUCUGUCGCCACACUAUUGGCGGAUGAUAAUCGUAAGCAGCUGCGGCUUUUGCUCUCGCACAAAGUCGUUCCGCGCGUGUUGUAUGCACUCCAGUCAGACACGAACCUGGAGGUACGCCGGGAAGCUAGUGGUGCUCUACGGAACUUGUGCCUGUGCGGCGACGACGAGAUCUUAGCUGAAAUUGCGAACAAACGUGGGGUCGAGAUUGUCCUCAGUGUGAUGAAAUGGGCUGCUCUUGGUCUGCAGAGCCAUGAACGCCGUUUGGAACGCGCACGUGCGCCGCUUAUUGAGGAACGUGAGCGUCUCAUGGCGAAGCCGCUGGACCAGAUGAAUCGCAAAGAACGUCGGCACAUGGCCAAGCUCGCACAAGGGCGUCUGCCGGACGCCACGGCUGGAGCAACGGCUGAAUUUGGCGGCGAAUCCCACGAUGCUUUCGACAUGCAUGCCUGGGGCACCGAUGCUCCCACGUCCUUGCAGGCCAUGGAUUCUACUGCGGCUCAGUGUCUUAUUGAGACGUGUGAAAGUCUUGUCACUUGUCUUUCGAGCCUUUGCGAGCUAAGUGAAAAGAUUUCUACUCGCGCCCUUCAUUGGUCCUGGCACACCGAUUUGUCAUGUGCAACAGCUCCUGCGUCUUCUGCAUCACUACCAAGUGCAUUCGUUGGUGAGGGCCUGUCCGCUUGGCUGUGUGAGGCGCUCUCACUUGGCACACGUGCAUGCAAAGCAGAAGACCCCGAGCUCGCGCGACUGCCCGAAUGCUUGCCGGCCCUCAUAUCGUUGGGCAUCGCUUGUGCGCAGGCGCUCUGGGUUUUGACCGAUAGCGCAGAUGGAGGUGGUACGGGUGAGCUGGUGCGCAGUCUCUGUGGACGAUAUGCUUCGACGCUGCCGAAAGGCGCUGCGAUGCCAACGCCGGCCGAUGAGCGCGCGGCGCUCCAGCGCGCGAGGCACCGACUCGAGUGUCUCAUGCAGGCUUCAUCUUUUGUGGCGCCUGAUGCUGCGCCGCGCGCUGCUAUAUUGGGCGCAGCAGCAUGUGGCACUCUAGUGCAUGUGUAUGCGUUCUUGUGCACCGACGCAGACGUGCAAAACGAGGACGAGUCCCAGGAUGUACAAGAGCUUUCCAGUUUUGUGCAGGUGCGAAUCUUUUCUCGUGUGAUGCAGGUUCUUAAGGAUGCACAGCCCGAGAUGUUGCGUGAAGACACACAGUCAGCUCUCGAAGUGUGCCUCGAACUUGUGGCCGACAUGGGCCAAGCCGUAGGGCCUGAUGUGAGCCGCGCAGCAUGGCAGCCGACAUCGCAGCUCAUUCCCUCACCACUGAUGGUCUCCCUCCUACGACUCGCCGCGCCCAGCCCGGAGUCUGCAACAGAGAAUAGCGUGGCCGCUACCGCACGACGCGCUAUUGAGACGCGUGCUUUGGCUGCGUUGAACAACCUUCUUUGGUACUUGGCACUGCAUGCGCCACCGGUGCCGUCUGAACUGCCGGGUGAAGAUGAUCAUGAUGCAUGGGACCGGAUUCAUGCAUGGCGUGCUUGGGCCGGCACACAGUGCUUGGAAUGGGCGUCAUCAGGCACCAUCUCGACAACAACAGCGAUAACAAGUGCCCACGAGGCUCUCGUGUCGGCGUGGAAUGACGUGUUUGCUAUAGCUGCUUUCUGGGCCGGCGUCGAGGAUGUCGCUAAUGCUGCGCAAUCCUCCACUUCCACACCAGCGUCCAUGUCAUUAUCGAGCCCCGAUGCACACCAGCUGGCCUCGAGUGUUGCGAAUGAUGGACUCGCCCAGGUUAGCACAAGUAUUGGGUGUCUGUGGUCUAUUGCACGUAUGCUGGAAGGCCAGCUUCCUCUCGUGCAACCCGACUCGUCCGAGCCGACUCCUGUGGUCACGGCACUGAUGGCGGCGUACUAUUCAGCCCAGGAUGCUUCGGUGCGCGUCAAAGUGCUUGGUACUAUGGCGUGCCUCGCACGCUCGCAACACUAUAAAAUGACCUCUAGUGGUAGCAGCGGCAGUGGCAGACAUGGCGCUGCAGCUCUUGGCAAUGCGGAGGUGCCGUCGUCUUACAUGCACGUGUACACGAGUGUGGCGGAGUUUUGGGCCGAUGUUGCAGGACAUGUGCCCGAUCCUGAGACGUUAGCAGCUCUCUUGCAUGCCAUUGUCGAUACAUACGCGGAUGAACGAGCGCCUUGGGACUCUGUGUAUCGAGCAACGCACCUGCACGAAAAGCUGUGCUCGCUCAUGCCGCGGUUCAUGGCCAUGGCCAAGAGAGUGGAUCGACGUGCUGAUCCUGCCAUGUACAGAGCCGUGCAGGAAAGUGUCGAGACAAUGGGCGCCUUCCUAGCAUAUCGUCAAAAUCUUCCAUAA